AUGAUAGCCCUGCAGUCGGAAUGUGCCAAUGUAUGGUUUCAACGAAGCAUAUACGAGCAAGCAGAGUCUCUCUAUCAGUGCUGGUUGGCAAAAUCAUCCAAGGUAACUGCUCAGCUGAAUGGGUCAGCUCCAACUCCAGAAAACAAAACAUCAUCCAUUAAGGUCUUCAAAAAGAAAGGUACAAGACAAGUUGAUAAUCACAUUAAAGAAUCUAUGCAGCUAACAAUUCCAAACACCCUGGACAAGUCAUCCCAGUCUCUGAGUUUAAUCACACCCACAACUCCUGAUGAAGGCUACCAGUCCCAAGUUCCGACGCCUAUAACUCCUAGCCCUCACCAGAGGGCAGCAACAACAACUGCUCGACAGUCAGUUAAUGGGCUGUCACCCAUUUUAGCAGAGCUCUUUAGUGAUAUAUGGCUGGAGAAGCCACUGUAUGAUCGUGCGGAAGCCACCUUCUAUCAAAAUAUAUACGGCAACAAUUCAUCCAAACAGUCCUCCAGCCCAAGAAGUGGUGAUGUCGCCCAAAGCGUUACAGCAGUAGAAGAGGAAAUAGCGGUGGAGGAAAAACAAGCGGUGCCGCAGGUCAAAGCAGAGGUUUUCCAUGCGCUGCACCCUAUUAAGGAAGAGGAGGAACCAACUGAGACACCCGCUAAACUAGAGAGGCAUGAUCUGGGAGUUGGCUACUUUCUUCACCCUGACAGUGAGCCGGUAUGGCUGGACAAGUGGAGGUACGACGCAGCCGAGAGCCGUUUACAUGGUUACCGUGGAGAUGAAGCAGGGGUGACAAAGAAAGGCUGGAGGCCCAACACAGACACCUCAUCGAUUGUCUUCACAGUCCCACCAAGGGCAAACAACAUGAGCACUGUAAACUUUCUGGCCCAGGAGAGGAUCUGGUUUGAAAAAACUCGCUACGAUGAGGCAGAGAGACGCUUCUUUGAGCGUGUGAACAGCACCUCACAAUCAACACGGAAUGCCGGGGCUAACGCUAUCCUUCAAGACAUAGCUCGGGCCAGAGAAAACAUUCAGAAGUCACUUGCGGGUAGCACCUGCAACAGCAGCGCAGGUGAUCAAGAACUUAUUUUGCGAAUCAAGGCCCUGGAGCUGGAGAACAAAAGCUUGAAUAGAGUGGUGGAGGACCUGAGAGCAUCACUUUCUAAGCUUGAAUGUCGAGUAAGAGUUUUGGAGAAAUCCCCUGCAGCUGAAGCUCCAGCUCCCACUCCUUCAGUCCCCUACACAAAUGGAACAACCAUCCAACAGAACAGCCGUCCUGCAGAACAGGAGGUGGAUGAGGACGAUGACGUAGACUUGUUUGGUAGCGACGAUGAUGAAGAGGCAGAGAAACUUAAAGAGCAGAGGUUGAAAGAUUACGCAGAGAGAAAAGCCAAAAAGCCCACAGUCAUCGCAAAGUCAUCCAUCCUAUUGGAUGUCAAACCUUGGGAUGACGAAACAGACAUGGCGAAGCUGGAGGAGUGUGUGCGCUCAGUGCAAGCCGACGGUCUGUUAUGGGGGAUGUCAAAACUGGUUCCUGUGGGUUACGGUAUCAAAAAGCUUCAGAUCUCGUGUGUAGUGGAAGAUGACAAGGUUGGGACGGAUUUGUUGGAAGAAGAGAUCACCAAAUUUGAAGAUUAUGUUCAGAGUGUCGACGUUGCCGCUUUCAACAAGAUUUAA